UUUCUACACACCAAAACAUAAUGAGAGGUGAAAUAAAAACAAAAGGUGGUAGAUGCAUGAGCAACUACAAUUCCCCUCUUUCUAUCUCUCCAACUCUCUCUCUCUCUCUUCACUCUUUCUCUCUCUAUAUAAUAAUAUACAUAUAUAGAUAUAUCUAUAUCUCAACUUUCUCUCUCCAACCUCACCACCUUGCCUUUGUAAUCCUCUUCACUACCAUCCAGAUCAAAACCCCUGUUGAUUUCGUGACCUUUCUUGGUUUUUGCGCUGUUUUCACCACCUUCGCAGUCGCAGAUUGUGAUAGGAAGCUAUGGUGAGCAUUCGUCGACAAAGAUUGAUCAAGCUUUAUGGGAGAAGUCCUUCUCUAGAUUUGAUAUCAUCAUUUGAAAACGGACAUUCUCCUGGUGGUGGUUGGGUCCAACAUGGCAGACCGGUCAGCAUGCAUCCAACACCUUUGGUUGACCGAUCUACAGAGCAGAAGAAAACAAAGUGCGAAGAACAUGAAUCCUUAAAUGUUAAUGAAUCAAGCUCAUCUAAUAAGCAGCAGCCAUUUCAGCUUCCAGUGUUCAAAAGGCGAAAAAGACACAGAAGAAAGCAUUUUGAGAAUCAAGAACCUUGCAUAAUGAGAGGGGUGUAUUACAAAAACAUGAAAUGGCAAGCUGCCAUUAAAGUGGACAAAAAACAGAUCCAUUUAGGCACAGUUGGCUCCCAAGAAGAAGCUGCUCGUUUGUAUGACAGGGCUGCUUUCAUGUGUGGUAGAGAACCGAAUUUUGAGCUUACAGUAGAGGAGAAGGACGAACUCAGUAAACUGAGUUGGGAUGAGUUCUUAACUGUGACUCGGUCUGCAAUCAACAGCAAAAAACAUCAAAGAAGGGUGAGUUCACGAAUGAAAUUUGAGCAUCCAUCACAGAACAACGAUGAUGAUCAGAAAGCUGAGGAGGAUCAAGGAGGAAACAGCUUCUCAGCAUCCGAUGAUGCAGAGACAUCAGCAUCUUGAAGUUGAUGAUGAUUUUUAUUUUUAUUUUAUUUAUCAAUUAUUUAAUCUUUAGCCAUUUUUAGUAAUUUUUGGUGAUAAUGCAUAUCUUAAGAGUAUACCCUUAAAUAGAACUGUUGUAGUAUGUAAUCAUAAGAGACAAUGGUGCAUUUACACUUGAUUUUGAUUGUUUAAUGGGACAGUAAGUAAGAUGAUAUGAUCAUAUGACAUGCUUUCUAUAUUUAAGAUUUUGAUUGUUUUUUUGUUUUUUUUUU